AUGAAUGCUGACUCUACAACGUCCGUGGAAAACAAACCACAAAAGAUGACAGUCGAUGAAUAUUCUAAAUUGAUAGCCAAAUGGCAAGAAGCAUAUUAUGUAUGGAAUACCAGUUAUGUUACAUAUUAUAAUAUGAUGAUGUUCAAUUCAUUGGUUCAACAAAUACCACUUCUGAUAAGUGUUAAUCCUCCUAUACCGCCUCCUCCCAUAAUACGUCCAGUUCCUGUUGAUCCUUUAGAAGAUAUUCGAAAUGCACGUUUAAGAGUUGCAUCAGUAUGGCGUCGUUUUCUAGCUGAAACAGUUGAUUUUAUUCUUUUACACGCAUUUAAAAUUCUUAUUAUAUUUGUUCUUUCGAAUUAUUUACAUUUAAUUGAUUCAAGUCGACUGACACUUAGUUAUAUGAUUUCAAGUUUAAUUUACGAUGAAACUUUAUCAUUUCCAGUUGAACUUAUUUGUGUUGAACUUAGUUUUUGUCUUACACGUUAUGCUGCAACACCAGGCAAACGUCUUUUUCGUUUACGUGUUCUUAAAUGUGAUCAUCUUCAAAUACAAGACAAUGGAGAUGUGACAAUUGAACCUGGUACAAUAAUUGAUACUGCAGCAGCAUUAACUCGUUCAUCAUUUAAAACUCUUAUGUCAACAUUUUUAUUUCCAGCUGUUAUUGUUGCUUUAUUAACAUCACAAAAUCGUCAAACAAGUUAUGAUAUGGCUGCUAAUACUAUUGUUGUUGAAUUUCAACGUCGAGAGUAA